UGGUUGAUACUUUGGUUAGCCUCGCGAGCUCCGGUCGCGUUCUUCCCUGUUAAGAAUCCACUUGUAACGCAGAAAACAACAGUUCGGUUCGUGUACUUUCGGUGCACCUUGUCUGUUACAAUCGGUUUCGGUUUGCUGCGAUUGAUUUGUUAUGAACGAACAAUUUUCCCAUAGGAGCAUCCAAGGUUUCCCUUCAACGCAAGCAUGGAUUACUAGGUUUCAUACGAGUUCAAGGACUACUUGGAUAUAUCUAAGGACCGCUAUGAAUCGAUUCCAAAUAUGAGCAACGAGGCAUAUAGUUGUGCAAUGAAUCGCUUCCUGGAUAUUCAGCGAUGGGAUAGAAGACUGUGACAGGUUGUGUGUCCUUGGACUUUUACGGACUGUGUGUUAUCAAGAGCUGUGUGUUGGGCGUUGUGGACUGAAUCGAUCUGAACAAAAGACCAAGACUUCCUCUGGAAUAUUGAAUGGACGGCGGGAGCGGGAUGGUGAAAAGCAAAACAGCUUGAAAUGCUAAUGGGACAAGUGUGACUCAACGAAGUCUAAUCCACGCGUACGCCUACGUCAAUUAGUGUAAACAACGAGCCUUGUUGAGGAUAAGCCGCGCUGCCAGUGGGUGACCGGAAUAUUGCAACUGAGCUUUGAUUGUUUCUCUUCGGCGCACGCCAAACUUGUUGAGAAUUUCGUACUGAGUGGCAGCGAGUGGCAGCAAACUAGCAGCAGCAGCAACAGCGGAGCAGAGGAACGCGAAUUCGCGAUUUUUGGCUCGUACUCGAAACGGCAGCAGCAGAACAAAACAGAAUCGGCGCGGAUUCCCCGCUGAAUCGGAAAAUAAUAACACAAAUAGUAGUGCUGGCACAUGUACGGAUAUUGACGCGACUGUGUUAAACUCGUAAACGUCAAAUGGUCACAUCGAAGAUUGGUCGUUUCGACAGUUUUUUGGGGAUUAAUAUUAAUAACAUACAACUGUAUGGACAAAACUGUGCGGCAUGAGUGUAGAAGAACGACCGAAAUAACAUUGGUGGUCUGUAAAAUAGCUAUUAGUCAGAAAGAAAAUUCUUGAAAUUGACAUUGAACGUGAAAUAGUUUACGGCGCGGCAGACGAAAGUUGGGAAAGGGUAUGAUCAAGGCGAAGGACGCAGUUGGAAUGUGUUGGCAGUGAGCGCGCAGAAGGCCUUGAAUCGAACUACGAAGGAUAUGUCCAAGGACCAACGUCAUAGCAACCAGCACGCGAACUCGAUAGCGUGAGAACCCUUCGCAGCAAGGUUCAUGGCAUGCUGUGAGUGCGUUCGACCGCGACAACGGCAGUAACCGAGUGGUCCGAGUGCGUUGUAAUGUGAAGGGAUAAGAAGUACCCAGUGCCACAGUUAUUACCUUUGGCUGUAAAACGUCCGUUCGGUGAUACCACCCCACUCUUGAGGGUGUGUAAGUGAGUGCUGGGCGACGCAAAGGAGCGAAGGGCGUUGUUGUUGUUUUCGAUUCGUGAGUGUUUCCCUCUCUCGCUCAGUGUCAGUGACAUAUAUACGGUUGCUUUGGGUUCCGUUCUGCAUGUACGUGCUCCCCCCAACCCAGUAGGCUCGCUGGUUCACUGUGUUUAUAUGCUGGUUUUAUUUUUGUGUUUAAUGCGUGAUUACCGAGUCAACAGCGCGUCGAUGUGUAUGUUUCGCUGAACACACUGGCAACGGCGACAGAUCUUAUUUUGAGUUUCCGAAAAUAUUGACCUUGAACUCGCGCGCUCCGUUCGCACAUUAGAGCCAGUGUGUAGGAAGGGGAGCGAAAAAAUAACAAAAGCACACAAAGUUUGGGGGAAAUAUUCGAUUUAUCCGUGCCUGCUGUGAUGUGGUGGUGAGUGAGAAAAAUGCAGUGCUUGAACAAACUGGCUCAGGACGAGAAGGACUCGUUGGAAAUAAGGACAUUCGUAAUCGGUGACAACCAGCGAAUUAUGUAUUCACCACGCAGUGGCGAAAGUAAAGAAAAUGUUAAGCUUGAAAUUGCGGCUCUCCAGUCGGUUUCUACGUCAUCUUCCAUGGUGAUUUCUAAUGGCCACCAUCAACCUGCUGGACAGGAUAGAGCUAGGAUUCAAAUAAUUGCAAAGUCUUCGAAUAAGCCAUGUGACAGUGUGGCGCCCAUCCAGGCGCAGGAAGUGCACGUUAUUCGGGAUGGACGUUUUUAUGACCUUCAUCACAACCAUGCGUCUCCAUCUCAGCAUCUCCACCAACCGUCCCAUCGUCCCGUACUAUCUCCUACCCACAAUUCGAAUGGCCUAAUCAUAACCAACGCCGUUAGUGGCGGAGGCGAGGCCGGCAAUCCCCCAAGUCGGCAUCCGCCACCUCUCCACCAUCCUGCCACUACCAACACCAUCAUAAUUGAUGCUCCUCCGCAUUCCGCGGUUUCUAGCAGUAAACAGCAUCUUCCUCCACCUCCGGCAACGCUGAUGGUCGUUCAGCAGCAACAACACCAUCACCAUCCGCAUCAACAACAUCAGCAGCAGCAACAGCACCACGUGACCUCAAUGCAGCCACCACCGCCGCCACCCCCACCGGGUGUUGGAAGCGGAAGUAUGGGUGGCAACGGUAGUGGCGGCAUGAUGGCCAAGAUGAAGAGCGUACACGAGGAGCCUUCCAGUUCGAUGCCUGACUUAGAAUUCGACGGAACCACCGUACUGUGCCGCGUAUGUGGCGACAAAGCUUCCGGUUUCCACUACGGUGUGCAUUCCUGCGAAGGCUGCAAGGGAUUCUUCAGGCGGUCGAUCCAGCAGAAAAUUCAGUAUCGCCCUUGUACUAAAAACCAGCAGUGUAGUAUACUCCGAAUAAACCGCAAUCGCUGCCAGUAUUGUAGGCUGAAAAAAUGCAUCGCCGUAGGAAUGAGUCGCGACGCGGUCAGAUUUGGUCGGGUUCCGAAGCGCGAGAAGGCCCGCAUCCUGGCGGCUAUGCAGCAAAGCACGCAGAACCGAGGGAACCAGCGGGCACUGGCCACCGAGUUGGACGACCAGCCACGUCUGUUGGCUGCCGUACUGCGAGCGCACAUGGACACGUGCGAAUUCACGCGUGAAAAGGUUACUUCCAUGCGGCAACGUGCUCGCGAUUGCCCUUCCUACUCGAUGCCCACUCUGGCUUGUCCGCUGAACCCGGCUCCGGAGCUACAAUCAGAACAAGAGUUUAGCCAACGCUUCGCGCAUGUGAUCCGUGGCGUGAUUGACUUCGCCGGUAUGAUCCCCGGCUUCCAGAUGCUGACCCAAGACGACAAGUUCACGCUACUGAAGGCCGGCCUGUUCGAUGCGCUGUUUGUGCGUUUGAUUUGCAUGUUCGAUUCGCAGAUUAAUUCGAUCAUCUGUCUGAACGGGCAGGUGAUGCGCCGCGAUACGAUUCAGAACGGUGCCAACGCACGUUUCCUGGUCGAUUCGACGUUCAACUUUGCCGAACGCAUGAACUCGAUGAAUCUGACGGACGCGGAAAUCGGUCUGUUCUGUGCCAUUGUUUUGAUCACGCCCGACCGACCGGGACUGCGGAACGUGGAGUUAAUUGAACGCAUGUACUCCAAGCUGAAGGCUUGUCUGCAAUCAAUUGUAUCGCAAAACCGGCCCGAUAAGCCAGAAUUCAUGCAGGAACUGUUGCGGACACUACCGGAUUUGCGUACACUCAGCACGUUACAUACGGAGAAGUUGGUGGUGUUCCGGACGGAACACAAAGAGCUGUUACGACAGCAUAUGUGGAGCAAUGAAGAAGAUCUCGCAAAAAGUCCCAGCUCAAACACAUGGAGCUGCGAUGGCAAUAACGUUGAAGAUGUGACCAAGAGUCCGAUGAGUUCAGUUUCCAGUACAGAGUCGGCCGAAACAACCUCGGACUACUCGCACAUCCCUUCGUCGUUGAGCGCUUCGGCGCCUCUGUUGGCCGCUACCCUGUCAGGUCAGUGCCCUAUCCGCCAUCGAGCGAGCAGCGGUUCUUCAGCAGAGGACGACAUCAUUGGUGGCACGGCCCAUUUAGCGCAAAACGGUUUGACCAUUACGCCGGUUAUCCGAUCGGUUGGAACACAUCACGUCCGAUACCGGAAAUUAGACUCUCCCACCGAUUCCGGAAUCGAAUCAGGAAACGAAAAACACGACCACAAACCAGUCAGCAGUGGAUCGUCAUCUUGCUCAAGUCCACGUUCUUCCCUCGAGGACCAAUCGGACGACAAGCGUCACAUGGUGGAAAACAUGCCCGUUCUCAAACGAGUUCUUCAGGCGCCUCCCCUGUACGACACCAACAGCCUAAUGGACGAAGCAUACAAACCGCAUAAGAAGUUCCGAGCAAUGCGCCAGCGGGAAAGUGAAGCUGAACCUGCUCCCAGCUCAUCGACCUCAACCAUUACUCUAUCAUCAUCAUCAUCACAUUCGCCGAAACCGUCGUCCAGCACGUCCUCAUCGUCGGUGGUUUCGUCACACAGCAGUAGUAUGGGAGCUGGUCAAUCUUCGUCGCAGCAGCCUCAAUCGCAACUUCAUAUGCAUUUAACUCGACCGCUGAACCAGUCGCCACACCAAAGCCUUCACCAUCAUCACCAUCACCAUUCGGCGACUCCUCCCGCAAGCCAUCAUCAGUCGUCUUCCCUAUCCAGCACCCAUUCGGUGCUGGCUAAAUCCCUCAUGGAGCAACCCUCGAUGACUCCGGAACAGAUGAAACGCUCCGACAUCAUCCACAACUACAUCAUGCGGGAGUCGCAGCAAGCUCAGCAACACCCUGAAGCGCAAAGUCCCUACCGGAAUAACCUCCUGGUGUGCAGUCCCCGAUCCUCAUCCGUCUCGCCGCUAACCUCCAGCAGCAGUAGUAGCAGUAGUUCAUCCUCCUCCGGCAGUGGCUGUCCAUUCUCAGCCAACAGCGCUGGCAGCAGGUGGCAGAAUGGCCCGACAAGCGUCAUCACCACCACCCGCCAGCAAACUCCUUCCCCAUCGCUCAAUUCCACCGGAAGUGCCGACACUUCCUCCACUUCCAGUACCGCCAGCAGCAGCACUAGCAUUCGGUACUUCCAGUCACCACAUUCGACGUCGAUCUCCCCACCGGUGGCCCAGCAAGCCAGCAGCACAACCACCGGAUCAAUUGGUUCCCCUCAGUCCGUGGUGACGGCACCCUCUCCCUCCCCGCGUCUAAUCGAGCUUCAAGUCGACAUUGCCGGCGGAUCCGCUUCCUCCGGCACCACCGAUGCCCCACUCAACCUAUCGAAAAAAUCUCCCUCACCUUCCCCCGCCCGCCACCAAUCAACCUCCUCGUCCUCGACCUCCUCAACCGCCACCAUCCACAAGGUGCUACUGGAAGCGUAAGCCACACCCACCACCAUCAUAACAACAACAGCAACAACUACUACUACUAAGUGAUCGACGAAUGGGAACUACUAAAACACAAGCAGUAAAAGAGGCAGAUCAGUUUACACAACUGUACAAAGUUUAACACAGUAAGAGUAGUAACUAUUUCUAGCGGUACGGAUUAGAGUUUUAUAAAUCGGAAAUUCGGUUCGCGCGCCCCGCCCUCCGGGGGAGGAGUAAUCGUGUGCAAAUUACUAAGAAGAGCAUUGAUAUUUUACUAAGCAAACCUAAACAAAAAAACGAGGAUCUCUAUUUUACCUCCUUCCACUUGGUGGCGCGCGGGCUGCAGAGGAGAAACGAGCUGGCCGGCUGGCUGGCCAGGAUCAACAAUCAGCAAUUCCCUCCCGAAGGUGUUACUCCCGAAAUGCUGUGCGAAAUGCACAUAUGUAAGGCGUGUGUGUGUAGAAAAACAAAAAAGAAGCCAAACAGGAAGACAUUGCGUUUUUAGCGAGUAAUGAAAACACUGACACACAUACACAUUGGAACAUGUUCCAACCAUAUAACUAGAACCUAACGUGAUUGAACUCAAUCAGAAAACUCAGACAAGUAAUAACGCGACACGUACCAAUCGAAGAAUUUAUCAGAGGAAAACCUACCAGGCAGGGGUGAACAAACACUACACGUAAGGCAAAGGAAGACAGUUUAGAUUUGCAUUCACCUGGGCACGGGAUGAUACGCGAGAGUUUGCAAGUUCGUUUUGCGCUGUAAAUAGUCGUGACAAGGAAUUCCAAAUUUUUACCACACGCACUGUCCCAUUUGAGGGGGCGGGUGUGGCAUGCAUGAUUGAGAGAGAAAAAACCCCAAACUAAGCAAAAGAUGAUUUGGAUUGAUUGAACCGACAGUGAGGUCGGUGAGUUGUUUUUAAGCAGUGAGGGAUUAGCGUGUUUAGUGAAGAAGCAUCAAAGCCGUACUUUAAAACGAAACAGACACAAAGGAAGCAUGAAAUUAUCAGUCCGUUCUAAUUCUAAUUUCACAGAUGAUGCAAAAGCAAGCAGAUGUUUGAAAACUACUUUUAAUUGAAAGUAAAAGAAAAAUGUAAAAGCCAAACGACGACUCGACGUCGCCGUUUUGGGAUAAAAAAUCAAACGGAAACCUGUACAUAGUGUAAUUAGACUAUUAUUCUCUUUUUAAUUAAACGUGCAGAUUUUUAUUUAUUGAAACAUUUGCUUAUUUUCUUACUAAUUAUCCUUUAUUAAGUGUCCUUUAUGUUUUCUUUUGUUUUUGUAAAUAGCUAUUCAAAAAUGUUAAGGUAAUCAAAUACAAACACAUACACACACGAGACCAAGUUUUAAUUUAAAGCAAAACCAUUUUAAUUGAGAAUUAGUUUUUUUUUCGUAUCAUCUAUUAUUAUUUUAUGAAGCAAAAAUCCUUUAUCAAAAGUAAAACAUAAGAAUCAAUGUUUUAAAAGAAAAAAAAAACAAAGCAUACAAGAAAUGAAUUAAGUUUGAAAAACUUGCAUGAGUGAGAGGACGUGUGCAGAAUGAAGUGUGAUUCGAUCAAAUUUAUACUUCUACUGAAGAUGCAGACGUGCAAAUGUGAAUGAGCAGCGUGAAUGUGACCAAAAUGGAUAAUAACUACAUACACGAAGAAAACAGAAACAAAUCGUCAAAAAUGUGCAACAGUAAUAAAAAAAACAGAACACCCUACAUGUGUAAGGAGAAUGUUUCUAGGUUUAGGAUCAUAGCUGUAUAACAUUGAAAAAGAGAAUAAAGAGAAUGAAAAAAAAAAUCAAUUGAAAUUGACAUAAAAACACACACACACAAUGCAUUAGCAAGAAAGUGAAUGAGAAAAAUCCAAAACAAAAAAAAAGAGCAAAAAUCCCCAAAUUCAUAUUUAAUUGUAUUGAAAACAAAACACGAAACCCUAUAACUCUAUGGAUGAAACACAACACAAAGAUAAGAGAUAAUAAGAGUAAUCCGUCGUCCGAGGCGGAACAACCCGGAGCAAAUCAACAACAGAUAGAAAUCUUGUAGAAAGCAGUAAACAAACCAACAAACAGAUAGAUUGACAGUCAACACAAUAUGAGAGAACCAACAACACAGGUAUCUAAAAAUCACAAAAAAAAAAUGAACAACAACAGUUGAAUUGAGGAUUGAUUGAAUGAAAUAAAGUAUUAAAUAUUGCUUCAUUGUUGCAAUUAAUAUGAAAA